GGUUGUUUCAGUAUGGCGGCGGUUGCUGAGGGCGCAACUGGUAAUGGAUUUUACUGGAUUUGUGACAAAUCAGAUGAAGAGCAGCCCACAGUUUUAGUUACAGGAAUGAGCAUGAACAUGGGUCUGAAGUUUGACUCUUCAAAUAAUACAGAGGGAAGGAUUAAAAGGAAAUCUGGCAGCAUUGAUAAAAGUGGAAAGAAUGCAAAGGCAAUGCAAAGUGCUGAGACAUUCAUUGGAAAAGCUUCAGCUCAGAAACUUUCAUCUACCGUAGCCAAAUCAAAAACCAUUACACCUGCACCAGAACCAGCACUGGCUCCUUUUACUACAGCCCAGGCAGUCAUCAACAUUGCCCAAGCCAAAAGUAAGCCAUCACUGAAGGAUCUCUGCCCAGAGGACAAACGUCGGAUUGCCAAUCUCAUUCAGGAACUGGCAAGAGUGAGUGAAGAAAAGGAAGAAUCUGUACAGAAGCUCAGGGAUGAACAGGAGACCUUUGAGAAUAAAAUCCAACAGCUAGAGCAACAAAACCAACUCAUCGUACAAGAGAGAGAAAGCCUGCAGCAGCAGUACAGAGAGUGUCAGGAGCUACUGGGACUCUAUCAGCAGUAUCUCUCCCAACAGCAAGAGAAACUCAAGUCGAUCACUCUGCUCAAUCAUUCCAGCUCCCACAGCAAGAUUCCCAACAGCGAGGGGGCACCUAGGAGGUCUUGGUGUGGGGAAGGGAGAGGAACGGCUUUAGAUGGAUCUUACUUGGACCUCCCUUCAUCAGGAAGUAAAGAUGGAUCAGUGGAAUGCAGUCAUUCUUUCUCAACAGGACCUUAUAGUGCACCCUCCAGCAGCAUCGAGCAGAAUUGCAAAGUUCACAACAGACAGAAUCAUGAGUAUUCUGAAGGUGGACGUACUGAUCCCAGAUAUAUCAGAUUCUUUAACGGGGAACCCUCCACAUGCGAUGCCCUGAGGGUACGUGGCGCUUCUGAAUCCAGAUGCUCUCAUCAGUGCCACGGAAUGGAGAAUGGCAUUGUGCGUGGUGCCAUUCAUACCAAACUAGCACCCCUUCUUGGUAGUGAGAACUGGGAGGAGAAACGCCAGUGUCUACUUCUGCAGAAGAAACAGCUAGAGGUGGAAAGAGAGAGAAUUCAAGCUCGGUUGGCUCAACAGGAAGAGAAACUUUUACUCCAGAACCAACAGCUCCAACAAUCUUACUUUCACUACAGCAAGCUUCAACAAGCCACAACAGCAGAUUUUGAGAGACCUCUAAAUGGAACCAGCAGUUUUAAUGAGGGUCCACUGUCCAGUUGUGUAAUGGACCAGGUAACACACAGCAGUGAAAUAAGAGAGGGGGAAACACAAACUCUGCAGGGAAGUGUCCGACAGCCGUUAAGUAACGUACAGUCGCAGGAACACGCAACAAAUAUUGAGCAGUCUGCAGCCAAGCUUUCACAUGAGAUUACCAUUACCAGGAAGGAUAUGGCCACCUCUCCUGUGGUUCCUCAAAGCUUCCGGACAUCUGCUCUUCCCAUUGGCCUGCUCAGCACCCCACAGGCCUCCAGGUUGGACGACUCCUUAAUUGAGCUGUUGGACAUUUUCAGCCCAGCCUCCAACCCUGAGAGGUACCUAAUCAACCCACUGUACCGGAAGAGUUUUGUCACCCCUACGCCCACUCGGAGGACCUUUCUGUCCCCUCCGGGCCACAGCCGGCCCUCAAAACAUGACCUGGAGGAGAAUCAGAUUCUAGAAGACAUCUUUUUCAUCUGUUGAAGGGUUACUACAGUGACUUUGAUUUGGUUAAAUGUUGGAUUGGAAGAAGUGAUUGAAUAGUUAUUCAUGUACUCUUAAUACCUCUAUCACUUGAUGGUCUUAAACUUACACAGCCUUUUUUUAUAGUCGUAGUGUCAAACUUAUGCCGGUCUUAAUUUUGAAUGCUUUUGUAAUAUUGACAUGUUCAAGUUUUUAUUAAUAAGAUUCAUAGAAUUCCACUGGCUUUUCAAGAAACUGACCUGGGAGCUUUUUAAGAAUUUCCCAAGAACAGUUGCUGUGGUCUGUAGUGAGUAAUGCAAUUGUCAUCUCUGAUGAAAUGAGAAAUUCUCAUAUCUCUUUUGAAAAUGAACAGUGUUCCUAAAGUUUGAAAAUGCAAAUAUUUAGCAUUUUUCUUACUUAAUACAAACAUUUGCAAUACAAAUCAUAUCGUCAGCAUAACAAUUUGGUUGCAAAGUUGAAUUCAACAGUUUGAAUUUCAGAAUUUCUUUGUAUUUAGGAUUGUCUUUUGCUUUAAUGACAAAAUGCACUCAAGGAAAUAAGGAAAACAAGGAAAUUUGGAUUAAUGCCCAAGAAAUAUUGCAGAAUCUUAUAUAUUUCUCAAGACUUUUUAAUCCUUAAACUUUUUUUUUAUUUCCAGGUUUAAAUGAGAAAUCCCAGAUAGUCUCAGACUUUUGGACCCCAUUAUAGCAGUGACUACUCAAUAAGGGGAAUGUGCAUUGGCAUUUUCUAAUGAAUUCAGAAUAUUCUAAAAAAAAUAAAAAAUAAAUAAUCAUUGCAUUUUCUGU